UAACACGUUUUUUUUUUAACUUUAAAAGCAAAAAUUACGUUUGAACAACGAACAUUGACAGUUGGAUUAGGAGAGAACGUAGAAAUAAUUAUGACCACAAACCAACCAAUGACUGAUCUACGAUGGACUCAUAACUACGGUGACGUCAUCUCAAAAUGGAACGGAAGUUCGACAAUCAAAAUUGAAAAUGUAAGAAAGCAAGAUGGCGGUGUUUAUGAAUGUUAUCAAGAUGAAUAUGGAAAAGAUGGAAACCAUGGAAUAAUGAGACUCAUUGUUAGAGCGUGUCCUUCUCCAAAAUGGAACCCACCUUCAUGUGAACUUGACUGUCCCGUGUGUUACAAUGGCGGUGUAUGUGAUGACAUAACUGGUGUAUGCAUAUGUCCGGCAGGAUUUAAAGGAGCCAACUGUGAAGUAGAAUUAAAGUACAGUGAAAAGAUGGGAUAUGAGCCAAGAUUGUUGAAGACAGUCAAAGAUGGAGAGUCACGUACAGUCUCAAGUAGCUGGUUCCAAAGCUUUGGAGCAGCAUCAAUAACAGAAGGAUCGCUGCAAGUGUUUAUGUAA